CGCACCCAAGGGAAGUGGAGAAGAGUCACAGUAACACAAGAGCUUAGCGAGUGCAACGAUGGGAACCCACCUUCUGUUACAAACUUGUGUCUUUCUGCUGGCGCUCACAUUCUCUUCGAAAGGUGUCUUGGCCUUGGAGUGCCACAGUUGCGUGGACAUUGGCGAUGGUGGCUGCAGCUCACAGAAUAUGAAGAAAAUUAAAUGCCCAGAGUCCACCGAGGUCUGUGUGGAAACAGUGGCUGCUGUACAAUGGAGUCACGGGAAUUUCUUAAUUGGCGAAAAGGGCUGCGGCUUGGGCUUGCCUGGAACCAACGACAAAGCCGUAGAGCUGCAUGGCAUUGUUGCCUUCUCCCAGCUGUAUCAGUGCAACAGCAGCCACUGUAACAAUAAACUGGACCUUGGAGAGAUGCAGCUGAAAACUAUUGGUAACGAGAGCAUGAUGGUUCCAAAUGGGGUGGAAUGUUACAGCUGCACUGGCGACGAGUGUUCAACAGACAAUGCCACCAUUGUCAAGUGCUACAACUCCUUCCAGGGUUGUUUCCAUGGCAAUGUCACUAUGAGAGCUGGCAAGUUCUCAUUGACCAGGCCCAUCAAGGGUUGUGUCGAGGAUGAGGAGUGUACCAAGGUCACCAGAGGAAGCCCAGCUAUCACCCUUGUGGGUUCCUGUUGCUCUGGUAGCCUUUGCAAUGUCGAUCUCUCCAACAAAACGUACUUUGCUCCCAAGAUUCCACGGCUCGCAAUCCUGCCUGAUCCAAGCGCCAAUGUCACCCUUGCUGCGACUUCUUCUGGGUACCCUCAUGCCACUUUGCCAGCUCCUUCUGCUGCCGAUAAUCAACCCCCCUCCACCACUAUGACCUCAUCCCUGUUCAAUCGCAAUGACCAAGAUCAUGACGACAACCACGAUCACGAUCACGACCAUGACCACAAUCAUGACCAUGGCCACGGCCACGACCACAAUCAUGACCAUGAUGAUAAAGAAACCUUCUCAGUGGGAAAUGAGUAUUUUAUCAAUGCUGUACAAGUCGAGGAGCGAAAACACCAAGAACAAGCCCCCUAUAGCCGUGGUGUGACAGGCUCAGAGGCAUCAUUUCUGCUGAUCUUGCUGCUAGCUGGGUUGCUUAUGUGAGGGGGGAAAAACCAAGGGAACCGACCUCUUUUCUGACUUUUCCCCACUCAAAUCAGGCUUCGGCCUACACAGCAUCUUGUUUUGAAACCCGGUUCUACACAACACAUUUUGCCUAUCAGAAGUACAUUCCCGUUCAAGUGCCUUGCUUUCAUGGCCACAAUUCCUAGCACCUUGUAAAGGAUGACCAAAAUUUUGAUCCAACCCCACAAGGCAGUCUUCUGUGUUAUAACUCUGUGUAACAAAACUCAUUUUUGAUCUCAUGAAGUGCUGUCAAAUACCUUUUGUUCGUGGGGCUCCACCCAGGCUCAUUUUCAAACAUCAUCACCCUUGACACAAAGGUUCCCAGGUGCCCACCGGUGGUGGACAAACUCCCAGGGGUUUGCCACCUUGCCGCAGACCUGCCAGUGGUGGGCGGGAGGUGGCAAGCUCCAGGAGGUUGCCCAUCUUCACCAGGCAACUAAGGAAUGCACGCUGUGUGUGCGCUCCCAAGGAACAUGAUGACGUCACCCCCAAAAGUGACCACAACUCUUCCAAAUCUUAUCAGUUGAGCCUUAAUUGGCAAUAAGGUUGCCAGGCUCCAGGUGGCAGCUGAAGAUCUCCUGGAAUUACAACUGAUCUCCAGUCCAUAGAGAUCAGUUCCCUGGAGAAAAUGGCAGCUUUGGAGAGCGGAGUCCCCAGACCCCGCCUUCUCCAGGCUCCCCACCAAAUCCUCAGGAAUUUCCCAAUUUCCCAAUCUGGAAUGAGCACCCUAGUUGGCAACCAACUGCCAGCUUGCUCUGUCUCCUCUUUAUUAACAAAAGUACAUGCUGAUGACUCUCUCUUUGGUUCCACAAUAUUACAGAAAUCAUUGCUAGUGAGAAUUACAGCUAAACCAAUGUAUAGGUGUUAGUUCCUUUUUUUUACCCAUUACUUUUUAUCUGCACUGGUACUUGAGUAUCAGAGGGCUUCAUAGUCCUGUAUGAUAUGGCAGACCUCAAAAACAAGAAGGCGAUCAAAUAUAAUUUUUUAACACUAUCACUAAGCUAACACUGCCCCACCCUAUCCCUAAUGCACAUUUGCCAGGUUUUGAACCCGUCUGAUGUCCCGGUGCAGUCCUUGAAUAUCCCUGCUUGCCCAGAAGCAGACAAAGGCAGGAUUCAGAACAGAGGUGGGCACGAACCAGGAAAAUACUGAGCCACGCAGUUCAUGGUUCAUUGUGUUUCACAAACCACAAACCACGAAAUUUCAUGAACUUGCCCCGGUUCACGAACUGGUUCAUUUGGUUCGUGAAAAGGUCACUUCCAGGACAGCAGAAAGUCACUUCCGCAGCUGCAGAAAGCACCCCCCCACCACCCAUUGCCUAGGAAACGGAUUGAUCGGUGCCAAGUUGUCUGCAGUGACAAACCGAAAAACUAACCAAAUGAACUGGCCUAAAGUUUGUAGUGGUUUGUCAGAAAUGGGCUCUGACAAACCACUGGUUCACAAACCACAAACCAGCCUGGUUCUUGACGAGUUUUGGUUCGUGUUUCGGUUUAUGCCCGCCUCGAAUUCAGAACUGUUUUCCCAGGCAGUUGAAAAUGUAGCUGCUCCUUGACUGUUUUUUGUUUUUUGUAAAUAGUUUCAAAUUCUACUGUGGCCAAGAUGGGAAAUAUCAGGAGGAAGCAAAUAAAAUUUAUUUAUCUUG